CAAAGGCAGCUCUGCUGAGGAAGAAGUAUUGCUGAGGCUUUAUCAGCUGCUGCUUUUUCCCUGACACCGUUUGAAGGGCACCUCUGGUGUGAUGGGGAGGCAAAAGGACGUUCUUGCUACUAUUGAGGAGCAUCUGAGGAUCAGAAACAAAUUAGUCCGGCAAGCGCUGGCUGAGUGCCUGGGGACACUGAUCCUGGUGCUGUUUGGUUGUGGCUCCGUUGCGCAGAUUGUGCUCAGCAGAGGGACUCAUGGAGGUUUCCUGACUGUCAACCUGGCCUUCGGCUUUGCUGUAAUGCUCGGCAUUUUGAUCUCAGGACAAGUAUCAGGUGGACACCUGAACCCAGCUGUCACUUUUGCCAUGUGCUUCUUGGCCCGGGAGCCCUGGAUUAAGCUACCAAUUUAUGCCCUGGCCCAGACCCUGGGGGCGUUCCUUGGAGCUGGCAUAGUCUUUGGGCUCUACUACGAUGCCAUCUGGGCUUUUGGCAAUAACCAGCUGUAUGUAACAGGACAGAAUGGCACUGCUGGUAUCUUUGCCACCUACCCAUCUCAGCAUCUGAACACUGUGAAUGGAUUCUUUGAUCAGUUCAUUGGCACUGCCUCCCUGAUUGUUUGCGUCUUGGCUAUUGUUGAUCCCUACAACAACCCUGUCCCUACGGGGCUGGAGGCUUUCACAGUUGGCUUUGUUGUCCUUGUUAUUGGAACCUCCAUGGGCUUCAACUCUGGCUACGCUGUCAACCCUGCCAGGGACUUUGGGCCUCGUCUCUUCACAGCUAUUGCUGGUUGGGGCACUGAAGUGUUCUGGACUGGUAAACAGUGGUGGUGGGUUCCGAUUGUUGCUCCUUUCCUUGGGGCCAUUGCAGGAGUGAUGGUCUAUCAGCUGAUGAUUGGAUGUCACGAUGAGCCUUCUCCACCUGCUUCUGAGCAGGAAACAGUCAAGCUGGCUAAUGUGAAACACAAGGAAAGGGUCUGAGGAAGCUGCCACCCAGAUCUGGCAGACAUUCAUUACUCAGGACUGCAGUUGACAAAGAGGAGGAAGGAGUUAAGAGCUUCAAGAACAACAAGAAGAGGUUUUUUUCCUGUCUUGAGAUAUUCUAGUCUUUUCUUUAUGUGUGUGUGUCUAUAUCCCUGAUGCAUUUUCUUUAGGCAUCUUCCUGUGAGCCUUUUCCCAAAUGCAGUAUCAUGUAAUCUUUUCCUAGUAGAAGGGGAUUGAGGACUAGGAGUCAGGAGAGAAGUGGGCAUUGCUGUCCAACACAUUCAACAUGGACCAGGUGAUCAGGAAUGUGGAGCUCUUUUGGGCUGUGUUGCUGGCCUUGCCUGUGAGCUUGGCAAAUGCUUUCCUGCAAAUCUGUGUCCCCAUCAUAGGAUGGCAAUCAUGCAAAACUUUGUUUUACUAGUAUGGAAUGGAAACUCCUACAUCCCAGAAAAAAUUUGUCUAUGAUUCUGCUGUGGAUCAAAUUAAUGGUUGGUGUUGCUCUAAAGUCAAUAACUUGGCACCAGGAAUGAACUUGUCUAAAGGAUCUUUAUUAGCCAGAUUUUUACUCUCAUGAAUUCCUAGAAUCGUAACAGUCAGCUAAUCUAUAGUGUCAGAGCAGUGAGAAUGCAUGGCAUUUUGUUUUAAUAUUAAGACAUUUUAACAUUAAGACAAACACCCCUGAACCUUGGUGUUCUAAUCAGUUUUUAAUAAUGUCAACUCCUAGAAGAUAUCAUGUAGGAAAUCCUUAUUCUAGCUAGGGGCUAACCUGGAAAGAAAGCUUGGCUCCCUGUAGCAGCCUUUCUAAUUAAUCAGCUUUGUAUAUAAACUGCAAGCAGCUAAUAGUACCGCUGGAAACAGUGUUGCUAAAGUUGUGUGUGUUCAUGUAAAUUUCACCAUAGUGUUGUUUUUUAUAAAGAAUAGAUUUAUAUAUAAAUAUACUCCUUAAAGCUGUUACUAAAUACCAGGGUUGGGAUGAGUUAAUUUGAAGAUGUAUGGGAACUGCCUAGUCUCUGACAGCUGUGAGAUACUGUUGGAUUUUUCUGGGGUGGCUUUAGAUUAUGGCAUUAUGUUGUUGGAGCAUCUCCAUUGCUACCUUGCAGAACUACUGGGGUAUCCCUGGUACUCACAGCUGAGGGACUAAGGUCAGGAACCUCCUGCACUAGCAGUGCCGGCAUCUCAGGGGAUCCUUGGCUCUCCCAAUGCCGUAUUAUUACAGAGUAUUUGAGAUAAGCAGUUGCUGGUUGUGAAAGAAUUUGUUAGUCUGAUACGUUAGAGAAACUCAAAGCCUGUUUCUUUAAUGUGUGAAUUCCUUGAAAUAUAUAUCUUUGUAUGCAUUUCCAGUCACUAAAAUGAUGUAUUCUUUUUUUGCCUUUUUAAAAAUAAAACGUCGAUACUCAC